CAAACUUUUACUUACAACUGAGUGACUUUUACUUACUCUGUACCAGACACUGGAUCUUGGUUCCAGGGAAACAUAAGUGAAAUAUAUAGUAUGUUAGGUGAUAAUAAAUGCAAUGAAAUAAAUUAAGCGGAAGCCAGAGGACAUAGGGUUCUGGAACUAGGGGUGCAGUUUUAAUAAGGUGGCAGGGAAAGCCUCACCAAGCAGGUAGCAUUUGGGCAGCUAUCUGAAGGAGAUGAGAGAGUAGGCCACGGGGGAGAAGAGGCUACCUGGGAGAAGAGCGGGCAGGAGGAAGGCAGAGUGAAUGCACAGGCCUGCCCUCUGUGUUGAGGAGUAGUGCAGAAGCCAGUGCGACUGGAGGGGAGCGAGAAGGAGAGAAAGAGCCAGCAGGUGAGUCAGAGAGUCUAGGGAGGGGGAUGGCAGAUGGUGCAGGCCUUGUGGCCACUGUGGAAGUUUGGGCUUUUACUCCAAAGAAGAUGAGAAGCUGUUGGAAAAUUCUUAGAAGAGGAGUGACAGAGUCUACUUAUAUUGGAAAUCUAACGAAGACAGAGUUUCAAGAGUGUCAUCAAAUGAUGUCAAUUGUACACACAACUGAUGACAGAGAUGGCAGCAGUUCUAUAGAGUUCUAAGGAGCAACUAGAGGCUUCAGUUAGAGAAAACAGAAGAGGUGCAGUUUGGCCAGCGUCUUGAAGGGGAAGGUUUCGGGUUGGGGAAAAGAAGAGGGGCAGAUGGAGGAAGCUGUUUGUUUAAAGAACAAGCAGUGAGAAUGGUCAAAUCAGAAACGUAGGGGUGAGAAGGAGUGUGUUUUCAUAGCUGGAGUUGAGGUGAGCGGUGGCCCCCAGGAGUGCUACAUAGAGUGAAUGGCGGGCACGCGGGGGCUCUUACCCAGAAAGGGGGUGCGAUGGCGCUGCAGCCUGACUGUGCAGUCUGGAUGUUCACCUGUGUUUGUUGUCCCACAGGCUGUCUCUACCUAUGUGGCCCUCUCCCAGUUCUCUCAGAACGUGGGUGACAAGGACGAGUGGCUGCACCGUGAGCAGCUGGCCAUUCAGAAAAGCAGCCUGUGUUGGUUCUCCAGGGAGGGGCUGUUGGCCACAGCCCAACUCAUGCAGGCCUUGGCCUACACCAAACUCUGCCUUGGGCAUCUCAACUUCUCCAUCAAGCUGGGUUUUCAAGCUCAUGAGAUAUGCAGACACCUCAAGAAACCAGCUCUGGAGAAUCUGGUUCUCUCAGUUCUCUUCAGAUCUGCAUUUCUGAUGAAGAAAUUUGAUCUGUGUAUCCAUGUGCUGGAGAGGCAGUGGGCACUCAUUUCCCAGAGUCAUGAUGUCCUUGGCCAGGCCUGCUUCUAUUCUGCUUGCUUAGAUCUGCUGCUCUACGGAAAAGGAUGGCUGUGUCGGCCCUUUGGGGAAUGUCUGCAUUUCAUUCAACACUAUGAGCACAGCUGCAUUCUAAAUUCUCAGAGCAAUGUCAUGCUGGGGGUCCACUCCUCUCUGGCUAUGUGGUUUGCCCAGGACUCACAGUGGAAUCAGUUUGAGUACCACUUCUCCAAGGCUCGUCAGUUGGUGAAAAGAACCAAUGCCUCACUAUUUGGUUCCCAUGGCUUUGUCCGAUUCUUAGAGUGCCAUGUGCUGAUGUUACAGAAAAUGCCAGAGGAUGUCUUCCUGCAAACUCUUGCAGAGACUCGCCGCCAAACCCUCACGUACUUUAAGGAGUUCUUCUCUCGAUGUGUGACCUGUCCUGUCUAUCACCAGUGGGUCUCUGAGCUUAAAGCCUUUGUAAUGAGAAAUGGAAAGAUGUCCUUGACCAACAUCAUCAGACCUUUUGACACCUGCCUGACCAGUAUUUGGAUAGAGGGAGAAUUCCUGGAGGAAAAUAACUCCUUUGAACAAAAUUUGGAAAUACAAAGAUUUGUCGGAGAGGCUGAUGUCAACAAGAAGGAUAAAGAAGAAAUUCAAGAAUGUAUCUGUUAAAACAAUCAAACAAAAGUCCUCCGAAGGGACCAUGAUUCUUUUAUUACAUGUAACACAAAGCUGUGCCCCCAAGUCUCCUUUUUAAGAUGCUGUAUAUAUACAUAUUAAAUAUGCUAGCCUUUUACAGUCACCACUAUCUGUAUAUCUUCAUAAAAAUAAAAGCAUGUGUUUCUAAAGCAUGAAA